UCCAUUUCCCCGCCAGAACAAGGCCAGCCAACCUGCGCAACAUCCCUUCAUCUUGCUUUUCUUCUUCUCAAACAGCUCGCGUGUCCUGCGAGGGCUUUCCUCGCUCGUCACCAAUAUGGAAGAUCGCAUCCAAUUCGAUAUUAAUGAAUCGCUCAAGUUUUAUCUGAGCGAUCCGGCCUCCGUGCCUACGCCAGAUGCCGAUCCCGAGCUGCUCGACUGCGAAACAGAUCCAGAUCAACUAUCGCCCGCCAUAAUCGACAAUGUUCUCAAUCCGAUUGUGGAUGCGGUCGCUGAGAACCCGGAAGGUCUCGCUCGGGGUUCCUUUUACGAUUCGUUGCAAUUCCUGUUAAAAUACUCCGUCUUUUCGCCCACACGAACUUUGAGCAAACUACUCGAUCUGAUUGUCUCCGGUCUAUCGAUCGAAGCAGAUAUCAUUCAUGGUGAUCUUGAAUCUGACGAGCCGGAUGCAAUCCAGCAGCACAAAACCUUGUUGGAAAUGUAUGGCUUUCUCCUUCAAUGGGCGCUCUCUGCUGUCGAGGUUAAAGCGGCUGAGAAGCCAACGGAGACUGCUCCCACUCGGAGAGGUGCAGGCAAAGCUGCCAAACCCAAGGCCAAUGCCAGGGAUGGAAACUGGGACUGGACAGCGCAGAUUCAGGUCGCGAUGGAAACUAUGUGCAAAGUAAUGAAGCUUAAACUGGGCAGGAUCUUCUUGACGACCUCAGACCGGGAUACAGUCAUCAAUCUCUUCACUCGCUCAAUCUAUCUCAUCCUCGAGAGUGAGCAGCGGGUCAAAAGCAUGAGCAUUCGAAUGCAUGCCUUCAAGGUUCUCUGCAUCGCCGUGAAACACCACGGGCAUGCAUUUGGAGCCCAGACUUCUAUUGUACAGAGUCUGACUUACUUUGAGCAUUUAUCCGAACCCAUGGCGGAGUUCCUGCACAUUCUCGCGGAGCAAUACGACUACCCCCAACUUUCUGAUGAGAUAUUGAAGGAGCUCGGGAACAAAGAGUUCAACUCCAACGAUACCCGAGGACCCAAGUCUGUGUCCUCAUUCGUCAUCAAGCUCUCAGAGCUGGCACCUCGCCUGAUCAUCAAGCAGAUGACUCUCUUGGCCAAACAGCUAGAUAGCGAGUCCUACACCCUGAGAUGCGCAGUGAUCGAAGUCUGCGGAAAUCUGAUAUCCGACCUUAGCCGACAGCAAGAGCGAGGCGAUAAUUACAAAACCCAAAUCAACGCCUUUUUUGACGUUUUGGAAGAGCGUUUCCUCGACAUCAAUCCUUACUGCAGGUGCCGGGCUAUCCAGGUAUAUAUGAGAAUCUGCGAUCUGGAGCAGAAGUUUCCGAAAAGACGACAAGCCGUUGCAGAGCUUGCAGCGAGAAGCCUGGAAGACAAAAGCAGUAAUGUACGGCGGAACGCUAUCAAAUUACUUGCAAAGCUGGUCUCAACCCAUCCGUUCAGUGUCAUGCACGGUGGGCAACUUUCACAUAAGGACUGGGCAGCUCGACUCGAUGGAGUAGAUGCUGAGCUAAACGCACUAAGACCCCCUGAAACACAGGGUUUUGAAGGUGGUGACGUAUCGCACGUUGACAGUGCGUUGUUGGAUGAUGCAACUCAACUGCCAGAAGAGUCCCCAUCUAAAGCGACACGUCUGACAGAAGAAGAGAAAGCAGCAGCAAUGAAACAUGCCGCGGAGCAGGCUGCGACGUCCGAAUUACUCACACGGUUACAACUAACAAGGAAAUAUUAUAACGAAGCUAUUCGCUUCAUCGAAGUUCUUCAUUCGGCCUCUACUAUAGUUGCCCAGCUCUUGUCGUCAAGGAACAAAAGUGAGGCCAUUGAAGCCAUGGAUUUCUUUGUUGUACUUGACGCCUAUAAGGUUGAGACUUCCCGUAGUGGGAUCCGCCGAAUGCUGCGGCUUAUCUGGACCAAAGGAAACAGUGAUGAGGGCAAGGGAGUCCAGACCCAUCUCAUCGACUGCUAUCGGGGGCUUUUUUUCGAAGCACCGGAUUCAUUUAGUCCGAACGAUGCUGCCAACUACAUUGCACGGAACAUGAUCAGCUUGACCUUCGGCUCAACACCUGCUGAGCUCACUUGCCUAGAACAGUUGUUAAGUACGAUGAUGAAGGCAGGCCACAUAUCUGAGGUUGUGAUCUCGAAGCUUUGGCAAGUAUAUGGCGUGCAAAAGAAAGACAUAUCCAAGACACAACGCCGAGGGGCCAUCAUCGUCCUUGGCAUGCUGGCUUUGGCGGACCCCGAAGUUGUCAUAAAAGAGCUUGAGACAAUGCUGCGAAUUGGUCUUGGCCAUCUUGGAAGGUCCGAUCUUGUGCUUGCAAAGUAUACUUGCAUUGCUUUACGACGAAUGGUUCCAGGUCGUCAGGCCAAGUCAAAAGACACUGGCAUACCUAAAUUGACAAACGAUCAUCCAGUCCUUACCAACCUCGCGGCUAUUAUAGAGAUCGUAUCUAUGAGCAAAGAGUGGUACGGAGUGGCAGAGCAAGCUAUUAGUGCCAUCUACGCACUGUCGAAGCAUCCAGACGUGCUAUGUUCUGACAUUCUGAAACGGAAGACUAGAUUUGUCUUUCAGUCUCAUGCACGGAGGUCUUCUUCUAGGUCACCUAUUGAGGGAAUAGAAGAACAGCCUGGGAUCACUUCACCAGAUAAACAAGAAGCAGUGCCAAGAACAUCGUCCGCCGGGUUGUCACAGCUGCUUUUUGUCGUUGGCCAUAUCGCGAUCAAGCAAAUUGUUCACCUGGAAUUGUGUGAGCUUGACUUCAAGCGCCGCAAGGCAGAACAGGAGAAGAAUAAAGUUGCGCACGCGUCGGUACAGAAAGAAUCCAAGGAGGAGGAGGAUGAAUUAGAUCUCAUCGGUGGGACAACUGAAGACGACUUCACAGACGCCAUGGCUCAUAUUCGCGAGAGGGAGCUACUUUACGGAGAGAACUCGCUACUCUCCAAUUUUGGCCCGUUGGUUACGGAGAUCUGCGCCAAUAGCAACACAUAUAAUGACCGUGACCUCCAGGCAGCAGCAACUCUUUGCAUGGCCAAGCUCAUGUGUGUCUCAGCCGAGUAUUGCGAGAAGAACCUUCCGCUCUUGAUAACCAUAAUGGAGCGUUCCGAUGAUCCCAUAGUCCGCAGUAAUGUUGUCAUCGCUCUUGGGGAUAUGGCAGUCUGUUUCAACCAUCUGAUUGACGAGAACACUGAUUUCCUCUAUCGUCGGUUGAAUGAUAAUGAUGUCUCCGUGAAGCGCACGUGCCUUAUGACCCUCACCUUUUUGAUCUUGGCAGGCCAAGUUAAAGUCAAGGGGCAACUGGGCGAAAUGGCCAAGUGUCUUGAAGAUGAGGACAAGAGGAUUGCCGACUUGGCACGUAUGUUUUUUACGGAAUUAGCCACCAAGGACAACGCUGUCUAUAAUCACUUUGUGGACAUGUUCAGCCUGCUGAGCGCUGAGCGCAAUCUCGAGGAGGCUUCAUUGAAACGCAUAGUAAAAUUCCUGGUUGGUUUCGUCGAAAAGGAGAAACAUGCGCGACAACUUGCCGAGAAAUUAGCUGCUCGCCUUCCAAGAUGCGAGACUGAGCGCCAAUGGAACGAUGUCGCUUAUGCAUUGUCUCUGCUUCCGCACAAAAAUGAAGAGAUCACGAAGACAGUGACUGCAGGCUUUAACAGGGUCGUUACUGCCAAUGCCUAAGCCGGCUGGGCUAUUGUUUUAGCAGUGGUGUUUCAUUCCCUUUUUUUCAAAGGGUUCUCUUCCCUUUAAUUCUCUUGAAAUGUUCUCACAUGCUACUAUUCCGGUUCGGAUGGAGUUUUGAAUGGACAGGCGCACCUUAAUGUCGAGAGGGGUCAGUUGAAAGGCGUUUUCCCUCUUUCCUGGUAUCGGGAGGAACUGGUUCGGUGUUGUCUCGUGCCGAAUGACCGCGAUAUACCUAUUUUACCGCAUUUGUUUCAUUCCAUACAUGUUUCAUAUAUCGC